AUGUUCUACUGUGCUCUACCUGAAGGAGUACCUAGAGGUGAUACACCUGGUGAAGGAGAGGGGGAAGGAGGUCUUGACAGAUUUGGCACAGGAGGAAGAUUGACGGGGGUAGAAGGUACUCCUUCUAGUGCAGGAGCAGCAGGAGGAGUUUCAGGCGGCAUAAGAGGAACUGGAAGAGGAGGUGGUCCUGCGACUGGAACUGGACUUGGACCAGGAGGCACAGCUGCAGCAGUAGGAACAACACAAAAACCCUCCAAAGCAUACAAUCCUGAUGGAACCAAAGUUGGAGCUUUACCCGAUGGAGUAGGGGGUGGCACUGGGAUAUUUGGAGGAGGUCCAGGAGGAGUUGGCACAGGAGCUGGUGUAGGUGGACAGGGUCCAGGAGGAGUCGGGUUCGGCCCUGGUGCAGCUGGAGGAGGCCCGGGAGGAGUUGGGUUUGGCCCUGGUGCAGCUGGAGGAGGCCCAGGAGGAGUUGGGUUCGGGCCUGGUGCAGCUGGAGGAGGUCCAGGAGGAGUUGGGUUCGGCCCUGGUGCAGCUGGAGGAGGUCCAGGAGGAGUUGGGUUCGGGCCUGGUGCAGCUGGAGGAGGCCCUGGAGGAGUUGGAACUGGAACUGGUGCAGUUGGAGGAGGUCCAGGAGGAGUAGGGUUCGGUCCUGGUGCAGUUGGAGGAGGUAGGACAGGACCUGGCACAGUUGGAGCAGGCCCAGGAGGAGUUGGGCUUGGGCCUGGAGGUAUGGUGCCUGGCGGAGGAGCAGGUCCUGCAAAACCUGGAAAAAGUUAUGGUGCUGGUGGAGCUGGAGCAUUACCAGGUGGAGGUGUACGCUUUCCGACAGGGGCUGGAGUAGGACAAGGAGGAAAACCAGGCAAAACAUAUGGGGCUUUUGGAGCAGGAAGCCAAGGUGGAGUUGGUGCUGGUGGCUAUGGUGGUCCUGGAGGGGUUGGUGCUGGCACUGGAGGAUAUGGCACAGGACUGGGGGGUUAUGGACCCGGACAAGGAGGUUAUAGUACUGGACCUGGCAGCUAUGGGGCCAAAACAGGAAGCAAGGGUGCUGGUGGUGGUCCUAAUGGAGCUGGGACCCUUGGAGUUGGAGCCGCUGGAGUUGGUCCUGGAGGUUUAGGAGGUGGAGGAGUUGGUUUAGGCGGAGGACCAGGUUAUACUGCUGGUGGACUGGGGGGAUAUGGCGGUUCAAGAUAUGGCGCUGGAAAACCAUCAAAAAGUUAUGGGGUAGGAGCCGGUGGUAAUGGAAUUGGACCAGGUGGCUAUGGAGCUGGACCAGGUGGAGCAGGUUCCAGUCCAGGAGGUUUUGGAGUAGGUGGCACUGGACCUGGCAGUUUUGGACCUGGCACCGCAGGAGCAGGAAUAGGUCGUGGCGGAACUGGAAUGGGUGGCUAUGGACCAGGUGGUGUUGCCACAAGACCUGGCCUCUAUGGGAAUGGUGGAGCAGGUCAAGGACUGGGCAUAAGGAAGCCACUCAAAUCUGGCUAUGGUUCAUCCUCAUUGGGUGCACCUGGGUAUGGCAAUGGUGGAUUUGGCCCAGGAACUGGUGGCUUUGGACCAGGUGCUGCUGGUACAGGAACUAAUGGCUUUGGACCAGGCGGCGCUGGCACAGGAACAGUUGGAUUUGGACCACGUGGUGCUGGCACAGGGACAGGUGGAUUUGGACCAGGUGGUGCUGGCACAGGAACAGGUGGAUUUGGACCAGGUGGUGCUGGCACAGGAACAGGUGGAUUUGGACCAGGUGCUGCCGGGGUCGGACCCGGUAGAUAUGGACCUGGUAGUGUUGGCACAGGAACUGGUGGCCUUGCACCUGGUGGUUUCAGACCAGGUGGUGCUGGUACAGGAACAGGUGGAUUCAAGCCAGGUGGUGCUACCAAAGGAACGGGAGGCUUCAUGCCAGGCGCGACAGGCAUGGUAAAUGGUGGAUUUGGACCAGGAGGUGCUGGAACAGGUGCCUUUGGACCAGGUGGUGCCCCCACAGGAACAGGCAGCUUUGGACCAGGUGGCUUUGGUCCAGGUGGUGCCGGCACAGGACCCGGUGGC